GGGGUGGCGGCGGAGCGCGCUGGUCCGAGGAAGUUUCCUGCUCAACGUGGUCUUCGGGCUGUACGUGGCGGUGCACGUGGCGGCGCCCCCCCGCCUCGUGUCCCCGCGGGGGCGGCGCUCCCCCUCCUGCACGACAACCUCACCUCCUCCGGCGCGGGCGGGGGGGAGGGGGUUGACUAUGCGACCGAGGGGGGCUUGCAGGGGGCGAGUUCCCCGGGGGCUCACUGGACGCGGACUCCGCUGACCUGGCGGCGGCGGCGGCGGCGGCGUCGGCGUCCGCGUCGUCCGAAGACCGCCGCGCGGCCCCCGCCACGCCCGCGCCCUCGCUGCAGGAGAAGGUGUACCCCGACCUGCACACCUGCCACACGCCCACGCUGGCGCCGCGGCCCGCCCUGCACGGCGACCACUGGGUGCUGUACAACUACGUGCCGGCGGACACGCAGCCGGCGUGCAACGAGUCCGUCACGUACACGACGCACGCGGACUUCACCUUCCUGGACAACCUGGUGCCGCUGGUGGAGCGGUGGCGCGGCCCCGUCAGCGCCGCCGUCUUCGCCCCCGGGGGCGACUUCAACGCCACGCUGGCCACCAUCACCUUCCUGCGCGCAUGCCGCGGCCUGGUGGCGGACCACGUGACCUUCCACCUCUUCUUCCCCGCCGAGCACAUGCCCUCGCACGUGCCCCUCACGGCGCACGUGCUGGCCGGGCGCACCUCCUGCUCGACGCCGCCGCCGUACCUGGCCACGCACACGUACAAGCGCGCGCACAACCUCACGUACCCCGUGAACGUGGCGCGCAACAUCGCGCGCCGCGCCGCCGCCACCUACUUCGUGCUGGCGAGCGACGUGGAGCUGUACCCGUCGCGGGGCUUCAUCCCGUUCUUCAUGGACAUGCUCAAGCGGCAGGACGCCUCGCCCGCGCCCGCGCCCACGCGCAGGGUGUACGUGCUGCCGAUCUUCGAGGUAAAGAGCGGGCUGCGGCCGCCCGCGUCCAAGCUGGCCCUCGCGCGCAUGCUCAAGCGCGGCGCCGCCAUCCCGUUCCACAAGUUCGUGUGCCCGCAGUGCCACAAGGUGCCCGGCAUGCGCGAGUGGGCCGACUCCAACGCCACCGAGUCCGUGAACGUGGUCAUGGUGGCCAAGCGGCACCCGCCCUUCCACCACUGGGAGCCCAUCUACGUGGGCACGCACCUCGAGCCCCUCUACGACGAGCGCCUCUCGUGGGAGGGCCGCUCCGACAAGAUGACGCAGGUGAGUCUCCUCGCCGCCUCCCGGGCCUCGCCGCGGCCGCCGGCGGGGUUUGCAUCUUCGCUGUUGCCAGGCAAGCCGAAGCCGCCCUGGUGA